AAAGUUUCAAAAUCUAACCACACAUAUGUUCUGUACCACAGAGUUGUUCAGUGUUGCAGAUUAAGUAACCUAACCUAACAUUUUCAAACAGUCAAAAACCAUAUUUUUAUUUAAGUUAAAAAUGACAAACUCCAGUCCCAACGACAUAGUUUUACUAAAAACCACUGACAAUUCCUUAUUAAAGGAAAGAGUAACAGGUUAUGACUGGAAUGAAGGAAUUGAUUUUAACAAAUUAUUGGACAGUUAUUUAAAUACUGGGUUCCAAGCAACAAAUUUUGGCCUUGCAGUUAAUGAAAUUAACAAAAUGAUUGAAUGUAGAAAAUUACCGUUACCAGAGGACAAAUAUAUAGAUCAAGAAGAUCCAUUUACAACUGUAAGAAACAGCUGUACAAUAUUCUUGGGAUACACAUCUAAUAUGGUUUCUAGUGGUAUUAGAGAGACCAUAAAGUUUUUAGUUGAACAUAGUAUGAUUGAUUGUAUUGUGACUACAGCAGGUGGAAUAGAGGAAGAUUUUAUCAAAUGCUUUGCCCCUACUUAUUUAGGUGACUUUAGUUUGGAUGGAAAAUCGUUAAGAGAUAUUGGAAUUAACAGAAUUGGAAAUUUACUUGUGCCAAAUGAUAACUAUUGCAGCUUUGAAAAUUGGAUAAUGCCUUUGUUAGAUGAGAUGUUAGAAGAACAACAAAAGAAAAAUGUACUUUGGACACCCAGCAAAAUAAUUGCUAGACUAGGAGAAAGAAUUAACAAUAAAGACAGUAUCUAUUAUUGGGCUGCUAUAAAUAAAAUACCUGUAUUUUGUCCAGCUAUAACUGAUGGUAGUUUGGGAGACAUGAUGUUUCUACAUUCAUAUAAAAACCCUGGAUUGGUGGUUGACAUUUUAUCAGAUUUAAGGAGAUUGAAUUCAAUGUCAAUGAAGGCAGUCAAUACAGGCAUGAUUAUUGUUGGGGGAGGAUUGAUUAAACAUCACAUUUGCAAUGCAAAUUUAAUGAGAAAUGGGGCUGAUUAUGCUGUAUAUUUAAACACUGCAGCUGAAUAUGAUGGGAGUGAUGCAGGUGCUAGGCCAGAUGAAGCUAAAUCUUGGGGGAAAAUAAAAAAGGAUGCUACAGCAGUAAAAAUAUAUGCUGAAGCCAGUUUGGUAUUACCUUUGCUUGUUAGUCAAACAUUUGCAAAAGACCAUUUUAGUAAACAGAAUAAAUAAAAAACCUUGGUAUUAUUUUAGAAUUAUACUAUAGAAAUGCAUAAUUAAAAAUAUAAAUUUUAUUAUAGGUAUAUGAAAAAAUACAAGAAUAUAUUAAACAAAUUCAUAUGUACAUAAAACUACUUGUGCAAUUUUUAAUAAUAUAAGAUCAGCUACUGAUCCACUUGUUCAAAAAUUGAAUUUUAAAAUACAUAACAGAUAACUAAAUAUACAGAAUAAUUAUAUACAUAGUUUAAAAAUAAUUAAAAGUAGUGUUUUAAUUGACAAGACACUAUGAAAUGAUCUUCAGUCUCAUAAUUCAUUAGAGUUAGCAUCAUUGAACAUGAAAUUGGAAACUUGAUGCUGAAAUACAAAUUUAAUGUUUAAAAAAAGUAAUAUUGAUGCUAUAUUAUUAUAUUUGAGCUUAUCAAAUUAUAUAUCAAAAGCAAAUACGAACUAUAAAGGGAGUAUAUCAAAUUAUCAUAAUUUUGUUCAUAAUUACUGAAAAUGAAAAUUUCUUAAAGAUA